GUCGGAGUUGGCGGAGAAGCUGCGUCUGAUGCUUUUUCUUGGAAAGCAAAUUCGAAAAAGAAGAAAAGCAAAAGGGGCUUUGGAACUUGCAAGUCCAGAUGUGCAAAUCAUCAAGAAGCAGCAGCAGCAGCAGCAGCAGCAGCAGCAGCAGCAGCAGCAGCAGCAGCAGCAGCAGCAGCAGCAGCAGGGAGCAGCAGCAGCAGAGUUCGCUGCUGCAGCAGCGACGGCAGAGGGAAUAGAUGUUGCUUUGUACCAAGCAAGGGAAACUAAUAAAAUGGCCAUAUACAUCAACUCGGGCGACAGUUUCUUCGACUCCGCCGCACCAGCAGAACCCCCCGCCCCCAGCAGCAGCAGCAGCCCCAGCAGCAGCAGCAGCAGCAGCCCCAGCAGCAGCAGCAGCAGCAGCAGCAGCAGCAGCAGCAGCAGCAGCAGCAGGUACCACUACGGGUUGGCUGAGGACUUGUACACGCACUUCACUUCGCCCAUUCGCCGCUACGCAGAUGUUUUGGUGCAUCGCCUCGUUGCUGCUGCGCUGCAGCAGCAGCCGCUGCCGCAAACCCUCGCAAACCCCAAAGCCGUAAACCCUAAACCCUAA